CUCUCCUCUCACAGAAGCCAUUUUGGACUCAGUUCAGUUUCUUGCAUGUCAAUUUUAGCCGAGUCGCUUUGGCUAUUCUCUGUUUUAAGAGGAAGACGGAGGAAAAAAGGGAGGAGGAAGAAGAAAUAUAAGCGUUAAAGCGACAGUAAGAAACUGAACAUCUGCAGGCAGAUUCUGCUUCUCCGCCGGUUUGCCUGUGGUCUCUGGAGAUCGCUGUCUUUCCUCGAUGGAUUUUAUUACGUUGUAAAGUUUUUAUUUUUUCCAAGCUUUUUUGUUUAUUUGGUUCCCCCCUUCUCCGGUGCAAUUUUGUUACACUGGAUUUACUACAAGCAGGCGCGCUCAGAGACACGGGCGCUGAGCAAACUCUUCUGGUUGUGUGCUGUACGGAACGGCCCGGGGAUCAUUGGGCUAGCCAAAUCAUUCUCCAACCCCCAUCGAUAUAGACUCACAUUUAAAUCUAUACGGGAUUUUAGUUCUGUUCUUAAAUGGUUGAAAAGGAUACCUUGAUGUAACCUGAAGGAAAUCUAUCCGCUUCUCUAAAAGUGAAGGAAUAUGUUUGCAUCCUGGCUGACUUUUGUACUUCUUUGGGGAACUUUUUGCGCAGGCCCAAGCCAUGGAGAGGCAGAGACCAGGGAGUGUAUUUAUUAUAAUGCCAAUUGGGAGCUGGAGAAGACCAAUCAAAGUGGUGUGGAGCGCUGUGAGGGAGAGAAGGACAAAAGGCUUCACUGCUAUGCUUCAUGGCGCAAUAACUCUGGUACCAUAGAGCUGGUGAAGAAAGGUUGCUGGCUGGAUGACUUUAACUGUUAUGACAGGCAAGAAUGUGUCGCAACAGAGGAGAAUCCCCAAGUAUUUUUCUGCUGUUGUGAGGGAAACUACUGCAAUGAAAAAUUCACACAUUUGCCAGAAGUCACAGAACCUGAAGUUACCUUUGAGCCCCCACCACCCACACCCUCACUGCUUAACAUCCUGGUCUACUCCUUGCUGCCCAUAACUGGCCUUUCAAUGGCCAUGCUGCUGGCCUUCUGGAUGUAUCGCCAUCGCAAGCCCCCAUACGGGCAUGUUGAUGUCAACGAGGAUCCUGGGCUACCACCACCGUCUCCACUCAUAGGCCUAAAGCCCUUACAACUACUUGAGAUCAAGGCAAGGGGUCGGUUUGGCUGUGUAUGGAAAGCUCAGCUAAUGAAUGAAUAUGUUGCUGUGAAAGUAUUCCCCAUUCAGGAUAAGCAGUCUUGGCAGAAUGAACGAGACAUCUUCCUGACCCCUGGAAUCAAACAUGAAAACUUGCUGCAUUACAUUGGUGCUGAAAAGCGGGGAACCAACUUAGAGAUGGAAUUGUGGCUCAUCACAGAGUUUCAUGAGAAGGGUUCCCUGACUGACUAUCUGAAAGGAAACGCUGUAAGCUGGAAUGACUUGUGUCACAUUGCUGAGACGAUGGCACGUGGGCUGGCCUACCUCCACGAGGAUGUGCCUCGUUACAAGGGAGAGGGACCCAAGCCUGCGAUUGCGCACAGAGAUUUUAAGAGUAAGAAUGUGCUGCUGAAAAAUGAGUUGACGGCAGUCAUUGCAGAUUUUGGCCUGGCUGUUCGAUUUGAGCCUGGGAAGCCACCUGGGGAUACACAUGGGCAGGUGGGGACAAGGAGAUAUAUGGCACCGGAGGUGUUGGAGGGAGCCAUCAACUUCCAACGGGAUGCCUUCCUCAGGAUAGACAUGUAUGCCAUGGGCCUGGUGCUUUGGGAGCUGGUGUCACGAUGCACAGCCUCUGAUGGCCCUGUCGAUGAGUAUGUUUUGCCAUUUGAAGAGGAGAUUGGACAACACCCAUCCCUGGAGGAUUUGCAGGAAAUUGUUGUCCACAAGAAGAUGAGGCCCACCAUCAAAGAUUGUUGGCUUAAACAUUCUGGUUUAGCACAAAUGUGCGAGACAAUUGAAGAAUGUUGGGACCACGAUGCAGAGGCCCGUCUGUCGGCAGGGUGCGUCGAAGAGCGCAUCUCCCAGAUCCGUAGAUUGACAAACGGCACUACCUCGGACUGCCUGGUUUCCAUGGUGACAUCGGUCACCAAUGUGGACUUACCACCCAAAGAGUCCAGUAUCUGAGUCCUUGUCAAACCCCUCGUCUUUCCAGACUCUGAAUUUCUGAAGAAAGCUGGGGGAGUGAAUAACAAACAUGAAAUGCAGCUGCUAUUUUAUCCUGACUUUUUUAUUAAUUAUUAUUAUUUUGGAUUGGAUCAAUAUUACCAGCACACUUCUCUACUGUAUUUUUGAGGAAAAAAAUAAUAAUAAGAAACAGGAAAAAAAAAAAAAGCGGAUAUCUCAAGCGCAUUCAGGUGCCGACUUAUGAAUGCUGAAAAAGGUGCAGGUACCUCAACUAUUUCAUUUCAGUCAUUUGAGUUGUUUUUGGUUUUGUUUGUUAUGUUUUAUCAUUAUUGGAAGGGUUCUUCUUUUUUUUUUUAUUCUCGUCUCCAUCUCCGAAGGUGGUGCAUUUUGUGACAAAAAUAACUGAACCAUCUACCAUCUUGGACUAUAAAACAAUGCUGCAAAACCUUGGAGGAAUAAUAAGACUGUUACACACAUCUUCCUCAAGGACUUUCUCUCUCUUUUUUUUUUUUUUUAUUUGUAAAAUUUUUUUUCCUUUUUCUGAAAGCGAGUGCUUAAAAUAACGGUAAACGUGUCUUUUACGGAACUAACG